AAUUUAUGUGAAAAUAUUUCUUCAUGGUAUCAGAGCAACCCUAAUUCUCAGCCUCCCGUCUCCUCCCUCUCUCUCUCUCUCGAUCGGCAAAUCCCCAACUCCCCUACCGUCGAUCCUCUCUCUCUCGGCAGUCAUGGCCGACGCCAACUCCGCCAAGGUGAUCUCAACCUCCGAAAACUCCUCUUCCAACAACUCCCCCCAUCUCGCCUUCACAACUAUAUCCAACAUCAAACUCCAUAUUCAUGUUCAACUCAGUCUCUCAGAACCAAACUACAAAAAGUGGAGUCGAUUAUUUCGUCUCUUGAUCCUCCGGUUCAACCUCAAGGGCUACAUCGAUGGCACAACCAUCGCAUCCUCCGCGGACGAUGCCGAAUGGUAUCAAUUUGAUGCUCUCAUCCAAGGAUGGAUCCUGUCUACGAUCACGGAUGAAGUCUCCGACCUUGUGCUCGCCAACAAUGUCUCCGCUCAUGCACUAUGGAUGACAAUUUACAAUCUUUUUCAUGACAACAAGCAUGCCCGGGCGAUGCAACUGGAGCACCGUUUCCGUACAACCGUGAAGGGCCACCUCUCCAUCAACGAAUAUUGUCGUCUUCUCAAGAAUCUCUCCGAGUAUCUCGACGAUGUGGAUGCCCCGGUCACCGAACAUGCUCUUGUGCUCCAGGUUCUUCAACGCCUCCCUCACGACAUCCAGGGUCAAGUACAGUUUUUGCAAUAUCAAAAUCCACUCCCGACGUUCUUAGAAGUUCGGUCCACCUUGCUCCUCGUUGAACAGCAACAAACUGACGCCGUAUAUGGCGCCGGAGCGCCGUCCCUGCCCUCCUCAACACCGGCGGCGGCGGCAGACACACGGGCAGUGGACACCAGCAAGACCGAGGCGGCAGCUAUGGCAAAUCUGGGAGCAGCGGCAACAGCGGCUUUGGUGACGGAUUUGGUGGCGGCUCCGGCGGACGCGGCAGGAACUCUGACGGUGGCAGUAGAGGACAAAUUGACGGGAGCCGUGAUUCAUCGAUCCAAUAGUGAUGGACCCCUCUACCCUAUCUUGUCACAACUUUUGAUGUAGUUUUUAAAUAUAUAAAUUUUAUUUUUUAAUUUUACACCUACAAUCAAAUAAAUUGAAUUAAAAAUAAAAUCGAUCAAACUUCGUAAACAGAAUCGGGAAGAACAUUAUAGGACGGAGGGAGUAUCAAAUUAGAACGAAUAAAAAUAAAAAGUUUACUUCAGG